ACUUUAGUUGUUUAAUAAUUAUUCAGUGUGGGCGGGUUAGCACUGGUCCACACGGCAGGAGCGACCUCAGGGCUCUGUUUGCCUGCACAUUUUACGCUUGCUGUGGACGUGACGCUGUUAGUGGUUGGGUCAGACAGCGACGGAUUGGGAGAGAGAGAGAGAAAACGGAAUCGCCACUGUGGUCUGCAGAAGCCGAGCGCUGCCGGUAUUGUCCACAGAAGGUGUCGUGACUCGGAUUACCAAAUAGGCACAAUGUAUCUCUGCAGGGUCGCCUAUCACAACCUGGCGCCCGUGGCGAAGAUCUCGUUUUCCUCCGGAUUACUUAGGAACGUGUACAGAUAUGGAUCGAUCCGCCAGAUAUCUUCUGGUGGUCAUGGAGGUUCCUCAGGCGAGAACAUGUUAUACGUUCUGAUGGUCGGUGGAGUGUUUGCAGGCGCAGGCCUUUAUACAUACAAAGUUCUCCACGCUGAUAAAGCCAGAUACAACGACAGAAUUGCAGAGAUAAUGCAACAUUCGAAGAAUGAGUGGAAACCUAAGGAACUGCAAUCCAAGAAUUCAGAUGAAGUGCAAUCUCCUGAAGUGGUAGAAGCUGGUGAAGAGGUCUCUGCAGCCGAAAAUGUUGAGCAACCUGAAAGUCCUUCAUCAAUUGAACCCAGCGAGGAAAAAUCAAUAGUGGAAGAAGAAGUGAUUAAAGUUCUGCCACCAUCUACUUCAACUAAAGAUGAUUCCCAGACUCCUGAAGCAGUUGAAGCUGGUGAUGAGGCCUUGGAGAUGGUAGCAGUGGAGGUGGAAGUCCCUGUGGCUGACGGUGUUGAGCAGACAGAAAAUCUUCCAACAGCUGUGGAACCCCACGAGAUACCAUCCGAAGAAGAGGCCGUGACACCGGCUGCAAAAGCUCAAUAGCUAUAACCGGAACAAAUUAAAGAUGAGCCGAUUUUUCACAUUUGCCAACUUGAUUGUUUGGACCUUACAAAGAGUUAUAACGUGCAGCAAAGAUGAUGCACAGAAAACCUGCAAUGUCUAUGAUUGAGGAAUAGUUCUAAAAGUAAUUUAUUUCUUACUUUACAAUGUAUACUCUAGUGCAAAUGUAUUAUUUCAGCUAAAAGAGAUCGGCAUUAAGCCAUAAGAUUAGGAUUAUGUAACUAUUAGCUCUGCAAUUGUACUUACAUACUCUUUGGAUUUCUAAAUAGACAUUAAUAUUAUUGAUAAAUAACUAAUUCCAAAUUUAAAUAAGCGUUUCUGUAACACUACAGAAGAAGAUGGAAUAUAGCAAUAAAGGAAAAAUACAUUGCAGAGAAGCGAGACUCAAAGAGGGAGGGCAGUUAUAGGAGAUGUUUGAACUAUGUUGAUUCGUUCCUUCAGUUGAGGCUAAUGUUUUACUUAAGAUGAUGUUUAUCGAUGCUCAGAAAAGGAAUGAAAAAAACAAUACAGAUCAAGUUUUUCUACCUUAUGCCAACGUGAAUCGUUAUAUCCUCAAGAUCAAACUCAGUAGUGGAGAUACAAGAGACUGCAGAUACUGGAAAAAACAAACUGCUGGAGGAACUCAGUGGGUCGAGCAGCCUCCCCCUCCCAAUCCCCCUCCUGGUUCUAUCCAUCCACACACUUCACCCACCAGAUCCCCUCUCCCCUCUAGUUCCACCUGCCCUUCUUCUCUCCAUUAAUGCUUCCCAUUAUCACCUUUUUUACUUAUCAGAUUCCAGCACGUGUACCUUGAUGUGCCCACUUAUUACCCUCCAGCCUCUGUCUCCAUCUUCACCCUCCUGUCCCCCCAUUUGGCUCCAACUGCCUUUUUUUCCUUGUCUGCUUCCACCUAUCACCCACCUGCCUCUGUCCUCCAACUCCACCCCUCCAUCUCCCCCACCAAAAUCCCUCACCCCUCGUCAGUCAACCUAUCGCCUACCGGCCCUUUCUUACCCCUACCCCCUCCUCUUUAUACUGGUUACCUUCCUUCUCCACUCUCAGUCCUGACGCAGGGUAUCGACCCAGAAUGUUAACAAUUCCUUCCCCCCCCACAGAUGCUGCUCAACCUGCUGAGUUCCUCCGGCAAUUGGCUCAAGCUCAGUCGUGGUUUGCUAUUUAUCUAAUACUCGCACUAAAAGUGUGGAUAAAAAUUGGUUUUUAGAGGAAGAAUAAAUGUGGGUAUUACAAUUUCUAUAGAUGCUUUGGUUCAACUUCUUGGAAUUUCUGUGAGCCAUCUAAUGGUACCUGUACCACUAAAUCAAUGUUAAUCACAAAUUAUCUGCUUGGAAAAGAGACCUGAACCUAGCAGUAUAAGCAAAUCUAGAAUUAAAACUGAGCCAUUCAGCCCCUCCCAGCCUCUUCCUUGAUUCAAAGACAACAUCGACUGAUCCAUAACUUCAUAUCUAAUUUUUGUCCAUAUCCCUUCAUAUCAUUGAUCAACAAAUUUUAAAUUAUCAGCCUUUGGCCAUAGGAUUGUUCUCCAACUUCACUCCUGAAAGGGCCGAGUCUAGUUUCUUCCCUUUUCAAGAGUGGUAAAUGCUGAAGCACACCUGGUACAAAAUGAUUGCUGUCAAAUUGGCUUAAUGAUAAAAAGCUUUCAGUACUUCCACUAUAAAAAUGGUUCCUCCUCCCAGCUUUCUAACCAGCAAAAAUAAUUACCAUUUUUCUAUCCUAUCAGAUUCCCUCAAUAUGUUUACCUCUCUAUCAAGUAGCUUCUUAAAUUUACAAGUAGGUUAUAGUCCAACCUACACUCCCGCGCCCUCCCCCCCCAAUUUCCUUUUGAUCCCUGGGAUGAAAAUCAUCUGAUUCUGGGGGAUUAGGCACUUCUCAGUGAUAUUAAUUUCUUCAUUAGUGUUAAGUUACAUUAACUUGGGUGAUCUAAAUCCCUGAUUCGUUACUAGUUUCCAAGGGAUAUCUCGCAUGCAGUUCUCUUCCACGAUGGGAAAUAUUGAUAAUAUUCAGCAUAUCUUCCAUUUCUUUGUUUUCAUUUACAAUGCCAGUGUUCUUAGUUUUUUAGGGGUCCACACUGCUCCUGACCACUCCUUUUCCCGAAUACAGUUGCAAUUAUUUUUUUAAUAUUAAUUUGGAUAUUUCCAGUUUCUUUCAAUUCACCCUUUUUAUGUAACUCUUAUAUUUCCUUUGUCACUUUUUGUUGUUUUUUGAAUCUCUCCCAGUCUAGUUAUUUUUAGUCUAUUUUGUACAUGUUAUAUUUUAGUCUUAUGCUUUCCCUUUCUUCUCUGGUCAUCUGUGGCUGCUUUGUUUGGUGGUUGGAACCCUUGUCCCUUUGGAUCAUAAAACAGUUCCAUAUCACAUCUAGUUAUUUUACAAGAACCUACAUCUGAAUUUUUUUUUCCAAUAACAGGUUUAUUGGUUGCAUAGUGCUGAAGCCAGCCUAAUUUUAAUCUGUCGAGAUGAAGGGUCUUGACCCAAAAUGUUGACUGUCCAUUUCCCUCCAUUGAUACUGCCUGACCCAUUGAGUUCCCCCAGCAUCUCAUGUAUUGCUCCAGGUUCCAGCAUCUGCAGUCUCUUGUGUCUCCUAAUCUCAGUCUGGUACCUUUAUAGCUCUUACACGAUUCUCCCAGUCAGCUACAACAUUGAAGUCAAUCAUUUUGUGAUUACUGUUAGAUAAAUAUUACUGCACUGUUAGGCUGCUAACUAAAUCUGGAUCAUUGCUCAAUCCCAAAUCUAAUACUUGUUAGUUCUGGGAUAUAUUACAGCAGAAAACCAUCAUGAAUUAACUCAAUAGCCCUCCUUUUCCAGCAAUAAUAAGGGUGAGACUAAUACAAUUGCUGUUACUACACCAUGAAAUUAACAGUAAUUUAGGAAUUUUCCCCACAUACUCAGUUUACCGCAGAAAUCCCAAGUUUGCUGUCAGUGAUUCUCCAAAAUUUUCACCACAAUAAAGGGAAAUCAGUUGAACUAAUGAAAAAUUCAAGCAAUUGCAAAUUCUCCUCAAAACACACAAAAUGUGAAGUUUGGACACACGAGAAUGAAUUUUAAGAGCUUCCAAGCCAUAAUUAGCAAAUUCCUUUGGUUUAUAAAAAUUUGAAUGUGAAUUGUAAAUCCUUCACAUUGAUGUUUAAAAAUGUAAUUUGAAAUAAUCAACAUGAAUUUUAUUAUAAAAAAAGAUAUUUUAGUCUCAGUCUUUAUACUGUUUGUGCAUUGACAUUUAUUUAAUGGGCUAUAAAAUAUUUCAAAUAUCAUCUAAAAAUGAUACUUUUUUCUUACUGGCUUGGCAUCUGUGAGAAUUCUUUAAUGUGAUUGUUCAGCCAGUUUGAUGAUGUCUUGACUGCUGGGCGCCAGAGGUCCUUUGAACCUGAAACCUGACAAGAACUGUUGUUGGAAAAAGAGAAGUCUGUGAGUCAGAGAUUGCAAUAUCUUUGUCAACAGUUUUUGAGUUUGGUAGUCGGCAUUAUUGCUUUGUUACUGAGUGCGAAAUAACAGUCUACCAAAAGACAGAGACAUUUAAAAAGUCAAAUAGACUUAAGUAUUUCUUAAUAAAAUUGGCAAUAAAACUUUACAACACCUUAAAGUACGAGAAAUUAAUUGGGAAUGUUAAAAUAACAGAAAUUACAUGCCUGCACUUACCAUUUAACUCAAGAUGGGUGCCUCACUCAAAUCAAUGGUGUUUGCUUCUUUUGUCCGCUAUCACCAGUCCCUCUCUUCAUUAUGUUUGAGCUCUGUUACUGGACAGUUCCAGAACGGGAGGUCAGAAGCACUGACGUCUGACUUCCAGCCUGGUUCUGAUAUCAGUGUUUUACCACAGAGGCAAGUAAAUGG